AUGAGGAUACACAACCAGUCACCCCCCCUCACGUACGAGAGCGGCCCCUUGGCUUGGUGGCAAUGGCCUCUUGGUCUUCUCGAUACUGUUCUUAGUGGAUCUGAAUCGCCUUCGGGCAUAAUGUCGAGGAAAGGAAGCAGCUUUAUCGAACAGCUGUUGGCGACUACCCUAUGCGCGGCGCUACUUUUCCUUCUCCUGAGGAAACUGCUAAUUGAUUACAAAGUUGAAUUAAUGUGGCAGCGGUUCGUGGAGGAUCUGACGGAUGCGCUUUCGGCAGACGAGCUAGAGAUCUCUAACAUUCAGCACCUGAUUCGUUCAGAGCUUUCUUCCCCGGAACUUAGCGGCAGGCUCCGCUCUCGUCAUGGGUGUGAGCUAUUUCGAACACUGAGGCUGCGACAAGACAAAAUCUUGACCCAGGAUUUCAAUGCUGUUGCCUCGGAGGUCGCCGCACUCGGCGUGCCUGUAGAUCUGGCAGUUUUAGGGGCUGAGACAAAAAGGCCGCGAACCAGGAGGCCAGAUAUUGCAAGAGGAUCAUCAAACAUUUGUGGCUGGGCCCGAAUGGGUACAGUGGCCAGGACGUUGUUGUUGCACGUCACGAGUGUCUGCCGUCUGUUUAUGUACACCGUUCAAGAAGCUUCAGAUAUGAUUUUCAACGAUCCUGCGUCGAGUCUUGUGGUACUUUGUAUUUGA